GGCUUCACGCUGGGGUGGCACUGAGCACCCCUUAGCCACGCCCAUGACUAUAUAUUUAAAAGAGUGUCGUCUGAUGUUAUUCUCCAAAGACUUCCAUCAAACACAAGAGUGUUAACAGCGUGGUUUUGAACUCAACGUGGCGCUCGCGCUGGUUUCAGUCUGCAGACGUGUGGUCGGUGCUGCACGCGCAUGUGCUCCAUGUGCGGAAUAAACCCCACCCACGCGCUUCCACGCCACUCCAAACGCUACUUCCCGCUCACGCGCCUAAAAAAAAUCCACUUCUCUCUCUCUCUCUGGGUCGGAAAACUCGUCCACAUCUCUCGGAAUUAAAUUAGAAAAAUGGGGGGAGUGCGGAUCCCAAGGCAGAUGUUUCUGUGCAGCAUGGCGGGCAUAUAUUUAUUUGCUUUUGCGUCUCUCUACAUCCAGAUACCAGGUCUGUACGGGGAGGAUGGUGUAAAGCCAGUGCAUCUGCCCCGAGUGGAGACGCCUCUUCUGGAGAAGCUGCAGGACGUCCCGUCCCUCCUGUGGCUGGCUCCGUCCUUGGGCAUCGGACCUCAGCAGGGUCUGGAGCUCAUCUGCCUGCUGGGGGCGCUGCUGAGCCUGGGAGCCGUGCUGCUGAGUGGCCUGAGAGACAGUCUGGUUUAUCUCUGCCUCUGGGCGCUUUACCUUUCACUGUACACUGUUGGGGGAGAUUUUCUUCACUCCGAGUGGGACAGCCUUCUGUUGGAGGCAGGUUUUCUGGCCUUCCUGGUCGCUCCGUGUGGUUUACUGCGAAGCUUUUCUGCUCCACAUGAUACUGUGACCUUCUGGUUGACCCGCUGGCUGCUCUUCAGGCUUGUGCUUUGCACUGGGGUGAGCAAGCUGGCCAGUGGUGACCCGUGCUGGUGGGACCUCACAGCACUGAGUCGACAUUAUGACACCCAAGCAAGCCCCACCCCCUUGGCCUGGUACGCCCAUCAGCUUCCUGAUUGGCUGUCGAGGCUCGGUGCAGUUUGCGUAUUGGCAGUUGAGAUUGCCGUUCCGCUUCUGAUGUUCUUCAUCCCUGUUCGUGGAUUAAGAAUCAACGCCUUUUCCAUCCUGGUGGUUCUCCAGCUCUGUAACAUCCUCUUGGGCGGCUGCAGUCUGUUCAACCUGCUGACCAUCGCACUGGCCUUCUCUCUGCUGGACGAUGAGGUGUUUGACUGCUCGCCAGUCUCCAAGAAAAAGGCCAAGACUAAGACUUGGGGCCAGUUUUUGGUUUCAAGUCUGACCUUUCUUUUCAAGCUGUCUGUCCAUCUCCUUGUUAUUUUCAGUGCAGUAAAGUUCUUUAAGCUGGAGAUCCAUUGGGAAAAGAAGAUUGUGACAUCUAAACCAACCUUUUCCCGAGAAAGCUUUAAUGACUUUGUGAGCCAGAUCCAGGUUCCUAGCAUUUGGAUCGGAGUGCUUUCUCUGACUUGGGAAGUUGUAGCUGCCCUGCUUAAGUGCUUGUAUGUACGAGGAAUCCUGGGCAAGCUGUGGGCGCUCCUCCAGUGGGCCACGUUCACUGCUGCCACUGUGGGGGUUUUCACCCUCAGCCUUGUUCCGUACACUGCCCUGGCAGGAAUGUCCAGCAGUAAAAUUUUACCCGAGGUGAGGGAGGCCUAUGAAGCUGUGGAGAAGUUUCACCUCGUCAGUUCAUAUGGCAUUCAGCACAGAAUGAUUCCUCCUGCAGGACGGCCUGAGAUCGUCAUUGAAGGCAGCAUGGAUAAGAAAACAUGGACGGAGCUGAGCUUCAUGUAUAAGCCCGGCAGUAUGAGUGGAUUUCCUGCAGUUCUCGGGCCUCAUGAGCCGCGGUUGGACUGGCUGCUGUGGGAAGCUGCUCGAGCAAAACAUGACCAGAGCCCCUGGUUUGCAGGCCUGAUCCAGCGCCUGCUGGAGGGCAAACAGGACGUGCUGAGUCUGCUGCAGGUGGAUGAAGCUCAGUAUCCUUUUAGCUCCAAACCACCAGCCUUCAUCAGGGCUAAAGUCUACCACUACCAUUUCACCCACGCCCCUGAAGACGGGACGGAAGCACUGGCGUGGUGGAAACGGCAGUAUGUGACUGAAUUCUUUCCCACAGUGCACUUGGGUGACCCUGCACUUGACGAGUUGCUGAGUGAAGCUGGACUUAAGGAGGAGUUCCUAGUCCAGCCUGUUUCAGACACCCCCCUAUCACAGGCUCUGAGUGUGGUCCAAGGCCAGGCGAAGGGUCUUUCUGGACACGUUCUGACUUCAAGCCUGUUCGCCAGCGUGGCCUCCAUCCUCCUCAUCAAAGCCCUGUUCUCUCGGACCAGGAGCACUAAAAGCACAAAACCCAGACCUGCUGCGUCUGAACAAAAGAGUAAGAAAUCCAGAGACCACACUGAACCCUCUGAGAAAAGCCGCAGUGCCUCCAGCCGAGGAGGCAAGAAGGAGAACUCGGAAGAGAGGAAGCUGGACUCUGAUAAAAGCCCACGCAAGAGGAAGUGAGCGCCGGAACGCCAUAUCCGGCAAAAAUGGAGGAUUUAUUCUCAGGUGUAUGCUGACUACGCAAUUACCGUCCAAUUCUAUACAUUAAAUUAUUUUUCUAAACCCCCUCUCUGAUUAGCAAAAUGUUAUUUGGUCUAAUAAGCUCAGAUUGCAGCUUUAUAUCAUGUACUCUGUAACAGAACCACUGUAUGCACCAGGGCUUUGAAUGAUCAUGCGUCUUCUUUGGACAAUGUGUGAUGUGUUUAUUUUUUUCUGUAAGGGCUCAAAACAUUAGCACUUUCCCUGGUAACUCUGUUUGUCAUAAAUUCAGAAUUGGUUUGAAAUCUUUGGAGUUGUUAAUAUUUUUAUAGGAUCUUUUCAAGAGCAAUCUGCACAUCGUCUCGUUUAAUCACGUUCACCUAAAGAAAUAAUGUCGAGAUGUGUAUUUUUGUCCCAUGGUCUAAACUUCUGAUAAUUAUUAAAAGUGUGAUGUUUCAUA